AUGAAGGUCUCUGCGAGGACCCUCGUACGCUUCGCAGGCCUUCUGUUCAUCGCCGCCUUCGCUGCCGCUAGCAUGGUCAACGUGGAGGACGCCCAGUGCCUCGCCGGCGGCGUGCGCAAGGCGUGCGCUCUGGCCCUGAUUAGUCAGUCGGCCUGCGAGGCCAAUGGCUGUUGUUGGGCCCCCACCGCCUACGACCCCACCGGCACUGCCUGCCCCAACGGCAGCGGCGUCCCGGCCUGCUUCCUCCCCAACCCUCCCGUCAAAGGGUACCGCGUGAUCAAGCGGAUCGACAAGGACAGCGGUCUGGAGGCCUAUCUGCAGUUGGUGGACGGUGGCUACUUCUACGGAAAGGAUCUGCCGCUCCUGCACCUCAAUGUCGACUUCCCCACCGAGACGCAGCUUCGCGUGACUAUCACCGACGCAACUGAGAAGCGCUGGGAGGUGCCGGACAUCAUCGAGACCACGCCGUCGUCCCCGGUCGUGUCCUCCUCGGCCGACUACGAUUUUGUGCUCACUCAUUACCCGUUCGCGUUCGCCGUGGUGCGCAAGUCGACCGGCGAGACCUUGUUCAACACCUCCUCGCCGAAAUGGCACCUGACCCAACAACAAAACAACACUGAAGAGGGCAGCGGCAACGAGGAGUUCAACGGGUUGGUGUUCGAGGACCAGUACCUCGAGAUCAGCACGCAGCUUCCCCAGGAUUCGUUCGUGUACGGUCUGGGCGAGCGCGCUCAUCCUCUGCGGUUGAACACCUCCUCCGCCUACUACACCUUCUUUGCCGCUGAUAACGGCGGAGUUCCAUUCCUGAUGAACCUCUACGGCUCUCACCCCUUCUACCUGGAGAUGCGCCAGAAGUCCAAGCUCACCAAUCUGUCACAGGCACACGGCGUGUUCCUGCUUAACAGCAACGGCAUGGACGUCUACCUCGGUCCGUCGUCCCUCACCUACCGCGCCAUCGGUGGCGUGCUUGACUUCUUCUUCAUGCUCGGCCCCUCGCCCGCGGACGUGAUCGACCAGUACACCGAACUGAUCGGCCGCCCUCACAUGUGCCGUUAUGGUUACCACAACCUCAGCGUGGUGGAAACCGUCGUGGCCGAAUACGCCAAGCACAAGAUCCCUCUCGACACCAUGUGGAACGACAUCGAUUACAUGAACAAGUACCUCGACUUUACGUUCGACCCCGUCCGCUAUCCGGUCAAGGACAUGCAGAAUUUCGUGAACCGCCUGCACGACAACGGUCAGCAGUACAUCGUGAUCGUCGACGCCGGCAUCGCCAACGUGACCAGCUAUCCGGCCUACGAUCAGGGUCUCGAACUCGACAUCUUCAUCACGAGGAACGCCACCGGUACUCCCCUGAUCGGCAAGGUGUGGCCCGGCUUCACGGCCUGGACCGACUACUACCACCCCAACGCCGACCGGUACUGGGAGACGCAGCUCAAGGGCUUCCUCAACACCGUUCCCGUCGAUGGCAUUUGGGUGGACAUGAACGAGCCCAGCAACUUCUGCGAUGGCGAGUGCGCGACGCCCCCGAUGGAGCCGCUGGGAUCCCUCAACACGCCACCAUACGCGAUCAACAACAAGGGCUGUACCGCGCCCCUCAACAAGAACACUAUCUCCAUGGAUGCCAAUCAGCAUCUCUCCACCCACUACAACAUGCACAACCUCUACGGUUGGUCCGAGUCUCGCUCGACCUACCGUGCGCUGCGUAAGCUGCGGCAGGACAAGCGGCCGGUCAUUAUCAGCCGCUCCACCUACCCCGGCCACGGUCGUCACGCCGGCCACUGGCUGGGCGACAACGCGUCGACGUGGACGGACCUCUACAUGUCGAUCCCCGGCAUCCUCAACUUCCAGAUGUUUGGCAUUCCUCUCGUGGGUGCCGACAUCUGCGGUUUCGAGCAAAACACGACGCCCGAGCUGUGUGCGAGGUGGAUGGAGCUGGGCGCAUUCUACCCCUUCUCUCGCAACCACAACGCGCUGGGCAGCAUUUCCCAAGAGCCCUACACGUGGCCCGAGGUCGCCGAGAUCAGCCGCAACAUCCUGGCCGUCCGCUACUCGCUGCUGCCCUACUACUACACCCUCUUCUACGAGUUCCGCGAGGACGUGACGACGUGGGAUAUCGACCGUCAGUUCCUCAUCGGCUCGGGCCUCCUCAUCUCGCCCGUGCUCGAGGCCAACACCUCCACCGUCCGCGCCUACUUCCCCGCCGGCAAGUGGUACGACUUCUUCACGCUGGCUGCGAUCGAGGGCGCCAACACCCCGACCUGGCUCGACCUUCACACCCCGCUCGACAAGAUCAACGUCCACAUUCGUGGCGGACUCGUACUGCCGCUUCAGGCGCCGGCGCUCACCACGGCCGAGACGCGCAAGAACAACUUCCACCUGGUCGCCGCCCUCUCCGCCGAGGGCGCGGCGGUCGGUUCCCUCUACCAGGACUCGGGCGACGGUUACGCGUUCGAAGAGCGCCAGCAGUUCACGAAGACUCUCUACCACGUCUUCAAUGGACCCAGUGGCGGUUACUUCCAGGCCAACAUUCUGGAAAACAAUUAUGCGGGUGCGGCCGAGCUGAUGGUGGAGACCAUCUCCGUGGCCGGGCUCAGCCGCAGGCCGACCUCGGUGGUGCUCGAGGGUCACACGCUGCCGCUGGGCUUCGACCCCUACUCGGGCCUCCUCACCGUCCACGGCCUGCAGCUCUCCAUGGCCCAGUCGUGGCGGCUCACCUGGACCUACUAG